GCUUUCAGCACUUUACCCUUGCCGCCCACUCAUUCGCUGACAGUAGUGGGUGAAUAAGAUGGCCUUCUUCGAGAACGCUCGCGGAUCUGGGAUCCACGGCGGUCAGUGGCGGGAUAUCGGACAUCAGUACUAUGGACAAAGCGGACCAAGGUCCAAUGUUCGCGACUCGUACAACACCAACACGACGAGCUACGAGAAUUCCUUUAACAACUAUUCUCGACACUAUGAUCGGUAUUACGAGAAUCACACACACCACCAUGCGCCUGUCCACAACUUCAGGAAUACAGGAAAUAUGAAUACGGCACCAGUCUAUGGGAACCUCGUCCAGAACUCGACUACUACCGCAGAAGACUACUACAAUGACUACGAGGACUACGACGACGAUGAUUAUGGCUAUUAUCCCCCACCGCGUCACGAUCCUGGUCCUCCACCCCCUCGUAGUCGUGCUCGCACUGCCCCUCCCCGUGCCGACUUUAACCCUUUCCGUAACGGACCUCGCCCUUCCCGCGAUGGUCACCAACCUCCUCGCCCAGGCAUUUUCCCUGUGUGGACUGAUCCACCACCGCCCUCAAACGGACCCGCGUCACGAAACAACCCAUUUCGCCAGAUGAACAACCAUGAGGAACGUCCUCGUGGAAAUCGUCGACCCCAACCUCGCUUCCAGCCUCGCCCGGCGCCGCCACGCUCAGCAUCUGACGAUGAAUGGGAAGAUGAGAGUGAUUAUGCAGAGGACCAUCGUCCGAGCACGGCACCGCCCAGGAGACCCAAUCCCGUCCGUCGGGAUCCCCCUCCCCGCGGCUACGCAGAGCCUAAUCCCCCUCGAGGACCACCCCCACGUGCACGACGCCCGCGCCCUCAAUCUGAGGAUGACCCUGAUCGAUUGGCCGAUGAGAUGGAGGGCCUCGGGCUGGAAGAUCAUAGUAGUCGACCUAGCCCACGACUUAGUCCGCGCCCUCGUCCCCCCGGGCGUUCGUGA